GUAUGGUAGCACUGACCAAAGGCAUAUUGCUCAUAUCUCGAGGAAAUUCACGACGUGCGCAGAUGACGGACAAGCUGCACAGCAGCGCCGAAGGCCCGCGGCUGAAGUGAUUCGGAACGUAGCAAGAGCUUGCUCCAUAUCAAGCCGACCAUGGCAGCCACCUUCAGCCGCCAUCACAACCUCGAUCGCGCGUGUGCGUAUAGUCACGGCAACGCAAUCGCGACCGCCCAGCCAGCGUACGAUGGCUUUGCAGCGUCGCAUCGCCAUGGUGCAAGCCAACAGAGCAGCAUGGCAGCCUAUUGCGAGCCCACGACGACCGACGCGCAACAAGCCGCGAGUAUGAACAGCCACGGCCAACAGCGCGAAGACAGCUACUCCCCAGACGACACGCCCAAAACCUGCUAUGUGGGCGGCCAGAACACGGCAGCACUGCCGCCGGGCAGCAACGAAGCGGCCGACAGUCAGUUUGCUAUGCUCCCACCCUCCAGCUCAGUCCACGCUUCAUGGCAAGCACUGCACGACUAUGCCCAGUCGCACGCCGCGCAGAACGGCUACGCCCUGUCCAUCAAUACCACGGCUAAGAACCGGUCCCGCAUCAAGCUCGCCUGUGUCUGCUAUGGACAGCCCAAGAACACACACAAGCUCACAGCUGAGACGAGGGUCAGGAAGAACAGGGUCAGCUACAAGACGGGGUGCAAGAUGUGGAUCGAGGGCAGGAGGCAACACGACGGCACGUGGCUGCUGCGUGUGGGCGAAGCGCAACACAACCACCCUGGACGUCAAAGUGCGGGAUGGGCCGUACAGCGGAAGAGGACAUGGGGAGUUGUUGGUGGGCGCAUCGGCGUGGGAGGCGUCACGGCCAAGGAGGAGCUCGCCAGGUUGAGCCUCUCGGACAUCAAGGACACUCUCGACGACGCGGAUGCCGAAGCCGAUGGCGACCAGGAUGUGGAAAGCACGUCUGUACAGGCACCGAGGAAGCCACAACACAGUCUCGAACGUGGGGGUCUUGUGUGGAAGAUAGUCGAACAAGAGAUGCUACGCAAGGGUGAACCAAACCAGGGCCGCGACCGAGGCGUUGGGAGGACUGUGGAUGUCUUGCAAGCGAGGCUGCCCGGUAUACACAUCUUUAAGCGCGACGUAUACAAUAUACGAGCGCAGAUAAAGAGAGCGAGAAAGGCAGCCGGUCAACAAGUCGGUGAUGGUCUCAACAGCUCAGACGACGACGCUGAAUCCGAAGCACACGACACCACCCAAAGUAGUAGAACCGGCGCAAACCCGCUCAACCACCGACACAUGCAGCAACCACUAAAUACAUACCAGCAGCCCACUGUUCACGCCCCCAGGCUCUCGGUGCCCUUCCCGCCCACUCGGAAAGACUUGCGUAUUGAUCCCACGCUCGGCGACCGUCCCCCACCACCACCACCAGCAACUCCCCCUGAGGUGGUUGAGAUGGAAGUCAAUCAACUUAGGCGCGAGAAUGCGGAAUUGAAGCGACUACUUACGGAGAAGACGAAGGAGGUCAAAGAAAAGUCCAUAGAGAUGGCUGGGCUCAAGAGUCAAGUUGAGUUGCUGAGCAAUAUGAUGAUGACGAGCGGGAGGGGAUUGAUGGCUGGGUAGUAAAUGGGCCGUUGAUGAAACAAGACUUUAGAUACCCAGUAGCUAUACAGGAAGCAAGGAGGGCCAUACAAGCAUCCAUCCAUACCAUGAAGACGAGCAGACGACGAUCAAGAUCAGAUACAUGAUAUAUAUAUAAACAAUAAACUCAAAAUUGGGUAAGCAAAAAGACAAGAGGUAUCUCAGAAAGGUAUCCGUAAACACAACCCCCAAAAUAACCCUUGCAAACGCCCAACGUUGAAAUCGUACUGGACAAGCCGUCUUAUACAACAACGAAAUUCCAACACCAAGAACACCAUCGUAAGCUCAUUGUCAGCUCGUUAUCCAUCGCUCUCAUCACGCAUAGUAUGCUUUACGCCGUGUGCUUUACGCCUCCUCAGCCAUCUCUUCGUCCUCAUCCUCGGCAAGCAUAUCCUGCUCCUCACAGCUACGCUCCACCUCAUCGG